AUGGGGGAACGGGAGACAGACUGGAAGGUGUUGAAGCUGGUACUAGACAAGAUGCCCUGGACCCUGCAGUAUAAAGUCCUGCUGCUGUCCUCUCCCUGCAGCAUAGACCAGCUCUGUUCUACACUCUGUUCUAUGGUGACAGACCGUCUUAUCUCAGAGCGUCUGAAGAAGACUCCAGAUGGUUUCAGUCGUACUGAUGUCCAGCUGGCUGUAGUACCUGUUCUCACUGCUAUCACAUCAUACCACAACUACCUAGAACAGGCCAGACAGAGGGAGUUGGUUCAGUGUCUGGAAGCAGGGCUGAUAUACCGCUGUGCCAAGCAGUGUGUGGUUGCCCUGACAAUGUGCACCGUGGAGAUGCCUGACAUCAUGAUUAAACUCCUCCCCGCCCUCAUCGUCAAGCUGACUCACAUCUCGGCAACCGUCGCCAUGGCGUCGCCCAUGCUGGAAUUCCUGUCCACUCUGGUGCGGCUGCCACAUCUCUAUGCUUACUUUGUAGCAGAGCAGUACGUCAGUGUGUUCGCCAUCUCCCUGCCCUACACCAACCCCUCCAAGUUUAACCAGUACAUUGUGUCGUUGGCUCACCAUGUCAUCUCCAUGUGGUUUAUCCGCUGCCGACUCACCUUCAGAAAGGACUUUGUGCAGUACAUCACCAAGGGUCUGCGCUCUAAUGCUCUGAUGCCGUUCGAUGACACCCAGGACACUCAGAGCAGCUUCCGUGCUCGCAGCACCAGCCUCAAUGAGAGGCCCAAGAGCCUACGGGCAGCCAAAAUGGCGAAGGCCCACCAGCAGCAGCAGCAGGCGUCAAUGGCAGCGGGCGUCGCGGCGAGUACCGGCUCUCCCGUUAAAGAGCUGAGAGAUCUGUCGGCCAUGGACGCCUUCCGCUCCCGAAGCAUCAGCGUCUCCGAGCACGCGGUGCGCAGGAUGCACACCUCCAGUACCACGUGUAGUCUGGGAUCUUCUGACGAGAACACCGUGAGCCAGGCAGACGAUGGGUUAAAGACCGUCCACCUGGAGUUAACGGAGACCUGUCUGGACAUGAUGGCUCGAUACGUCUUCUCCAACUUCUCAGCGCUGCCCAAGAGGUCACCUAUAGCAGAGUUCCUUCUGGCGGGGGGUCGCAGUAUGACCUGGCUGGUGGGUAACAAGCUGAUCACCAUAACGACCAGUGGUGGGGUCAGGAGCCAGGCCCUACUGGGAAUGGACAUGGCUGAGAGGCUGGGAGGAGGGGGAGAGAUGACCAGGUCAGACCCCUCCCUUCACACCCGUCAGACCAAAGAGGCUCCGGCCAAACUGGAGUCCCAGUCCAGUCAACAGCUCAACAGAGCCUCACGCAUCAGAGUACGAUCCAUGUCAGGUGGCCAUGCCCUCCGUGCAGGUCCAGCCCAGAGCCUCAGCCCCCUGGUCUCACCCUCUGAGGGGGGGGAGCUGUGUGGUGUCCCCCUCUCUCCCCCCUCCUCCUCCUCUGGCCCCUGUCUGGAUGGCCUGGAGCCCCCCUCUCCUUCCCCCUGUGCCCCUAAGGACCCUCUCAAAGACAAGCCCAGCCUGGCAGAGUUCCUGCCCGUUCUGACCCAGGGAUGGGCUGAGAUCUUCAUACGCAGACCCUCAGGUAACACCAGCUGGUUGAUGUGUCUGGAGAACCCUCCCAGUCCCUUCUCCUCUGAGCUGGGUAACAUGCCUCUCCAGGAGCUGUCCUCUGUCCUCAUGGCCAUGGAGGGGGUCAAGGAGCCCCCCACCCAGACUGCCAGCGCCCCCGCCAGCACAGCCACCCCUGCCCCGACUCCCGUAGCCCUUAACCCCCCAGUACCCAUCCAAGGGGGCAAGCCUGGACUCAUUCAGCGCUCUAACACAGUGGGCUCUCUCUCCUCUCUGGGUCUGUCCUUCGCCCCGUCCCCAGUUCCGGUUCGGCUCCAACGGAGCAUUUCCUGGGCAGACUCUGUGGUAGAGGGGACAGGGGUCAGGGGCCACGUAGACUACCCCUCUGAUUGGCCAGAGGCGGAGAAGUUUGAGGCCAUGCCCUCUGAACCCAUCUACAUCGCUGCUGACAAGUUCACCAAGGCCCUGCCCCCUAGAACACUCAGCAGGUCGUCCUCCAGUUCCAGCCAGGAGGAUGAGAAGUCCACCCUGGAGGAGGUGAGUGAGGGGUUCAUCCCCAUCGACCAGCCCCCCCUGGCCCCCUCCACCCCGGGCAGCCAAGGCCCAGAGCUCCCCUUCCAGACCCAGAACCAGCCUGAGACCCAGACCCUCAACAAGUCCAGCUCCUCCCCUGAGCUCCAGACCCUACCAGAGGCCUUCCCCAAGACCACAACAGGACCCGGGGCCGGAGGAGGAGAGGCACCCGGGGUUCGGUCCCCCUCGGAGGGGAAGAGCCAGCCACAACAGCCCCCGGUGGAGAAAGAGAUAGAGAAGGUGGAGAGUGGAGGAGGAGGGGUGAACAGACAGAAUCAGAGUGGGGAUACCACCCCAGUGACAGGGGGGUUGUCUGGGACAUCGGGAGGAGGAGGUUCCUCUUCCUCGCAGGGAGCCAGGAUGCGGUUGGAGUUCCCAGCACCCCACCAGCCUGGACCCCUCUCCCCCAGCGGAGGGCACCGUCCCAGGGGUCACACCAUCUCAGUGUCGGCCCCCUCCUCCAGGAGAGAGAGGAUAGGAGGAGACGCGUACCACACCACCCGGCCCGGGCCCACCAACACUGAGAAGACCAGUGGACUCAGUCCCAGUUUUGUGUUCCUUCAGCUCUACCACUCUCCCUUCUUUGGCAACGAGGCCAACAAGCCUCUCCUGCUGCCCAAGUCUCAGCUGAUCGACAGAGCGGUGAAGGUUCUGGACCAGAUGCCUCCGUAUGAUACCCAUAAGAUUGGAGUGGUGUUUGUCGGAGCUGGACAGGUAUUCAACGAGGUGUCCAUCCUGUCCAAUGAGUAUGGUUCUAACCGCUACGCUGGCUUCCUGACCGGCCUGGGGAAGCUGAUCCACCUGAAGGACUGUGAUCCAGACCAGAUCUUCCUGGGGGGUCUAGACCAGUAUGGAGAUGACGGGGAGUUUACCUACUGCUGGCACGAUGACAUCAUGCAGGCCAUCUUCCACAUAGCCACCCUGAUGCCCAACAGAGACAGUGAUAAGGGCUGCUGUAACAAGAAGAGACACAUUGGAAACGACUUUGUUAUGGUGGUUUACAACGACUCAGGAGAGGAGUACAAACUGGGGACCAUCAAGGGUCAGUUUAACUUUGUUGAGGUGAUCAUUAAGCCUCUGGACUACGGAAGUAACCUGGUCACCCUGCAGUGCAGGAAAGAUCUGGAGGGUCUAGUUGACACCAGUGUAGUGAAGAUAGUCUCAGACCAAAACCUUCCAUUGCUGGUACGACAGAUGGCCCUACACGCUAACAUGGCAUCUCUGGUCCACCAGUACAGAGCAAACCCUUCUGAUGCCUACGCCUCCAAGUGGCUGGCCAGACUACGACACAUCAAGAGACUCCGGACAAGGGCCCAGGAGGAGAUCCAGUCUCGUCCCACCCCCGGUAUCUCUCUGACCCAGAGCCACUCCUCCCAGACCAAACAGUCCUCCUACCAGCAGGUCAGCGGUGGAGGCUCCAACACGGACUCCUCCGGACAGAGGAAGAGACUGGUCUCCACCGUGGACGACUUCACCGACUUCGUCUGAGCCUUGAGGACGCCUUCCCAGUGUCAAAUGUCUAUACUAGUAUACUACUGCGGGUCAAAUGGCACCCUACUCCCUAUAUAGUGUGCUACUGUUGACCAGAGUCAUAUGGACCAUGGUCAACAGUAGUGCACUAUAUAGGGAAUAGGGUGCCCUUUCACACAUAGUUUGCAUCCCCAAUACAUUGGUUUCAUACUAUGUAGUAUGCUAGUAUGGAUAUUGUAACGGAGUGAUAUUUCUGAUACUGUUUCCGGUCCCCCUGCUCAAGGCAGACGUUGCCUCCCUCACCACAGAUCGAGGAUCAGGUUAUCCAAGUGGUUCUAAUGUCCACUAGCAGGAGGAUAAUAAAAUACCUGAUCCUAGAUCUGUGUUUAGUCAGGGACAACAUUGACCUGCUUUCGCUCUUUCUCUCUUGAUACACACACACACACACACCGGUUGAAUAACUUCCUGCUUUCUACCUAUAUGAUUUGACGAUUCUCUCCCAGACAUUUGUCUCGACAAGCUGAUGUGGCCUUGUGGCUUUUCAUCCAACUGCUCCCAUGAAUUAGUUGUGAUGCUGAUGAGAUGACCGGUGCAGCCUAACUAACACUGGUGCAGCCUAACUAACGCUGGUGCUGCCUAACUAACCCUGGUGCAGCCUAACUAACGCUGCGUCCCUAUUGUCUUUCUAAUACUCUGUGCUUGACCAGGGCACGUGGGCUCUAUCUAAAGUAGUGCACUAUGUAGAGGGAAUAGGGUGCCAUUUGGAACGCAGAGAAUGACCCCCCGUGGCUUACACAGCCGACGCACACCCUUUCAUCCCUCUCCUCAUUUCCUUCUCUCAUCCCCUCGCAAAACCACUCAGAAGGAAGUAUGGUGAAUGAGAAACACGACAUUUGAAAGCUGUGUGUGUGUACAGAAUAAACAAAACAAAUAGCCAA